AUGAUUCAAACGACACAGUGCACUGCAUCAGAUAGUUUUCAAACUGACAAAAAAGAAAAUUUAUCCGAGCUAAAUUCACUUAUGUAUACAAAAUUAAAUUCAGUUCCUAUGAAUAUCGAAACCAAAACAGAAAUGGAUAGCACCACUAGUGUACAAGAUGCCGAAUUGUUACUUUCAAUCGGUUCUGCACCUUCAAAACCAAGAAAACUUCAUCCGAAAUUUCGACCGUAUAUUAGUGAGCCAGUUGACACAUCAAUUCCUGCACUCAAUAAUUUAACAUUGUCCAAUCGAUCAAAUUCAUUAUCAUCAUCCCUAUCUGAUGAAUAUUCAUCUGAAUCAAUAUCAACAUCAACACCAACACCAUGUACAUCUCCAUGUCUAUCAUCGAAUGAUGAUAGUCAAUUAUCUUCAGCCGAGAGCAAUUCUUCAACUACGAAUCCUAAUAAAAAUAAUCAAGAAUAUCAUGUUCUCUAUGUUAAUCUCAAUGGCGAAUACGUUCCGGUCGCUAAAAGUUCAUUUACCAUUCCAACAGCGCUUCCAUCGUCACAGUUUCAAAUACCUAUAUGUAAACCAAUAUUAACAAUUGAUCGAAAACGAAGCCAUGUCUGUACAUAUUCUGGUUGUCGAAAGUCUUAUUUUAAAUCGUCUCAUUUAAAGGCUCAUUAUCGCAUACAUACUGGUGAAAAACCGUUUUCAUGUUCGUGGCCAAAAUGUGAUAAAACAUUUGCACGAUCAGACGAAUUAAGUCGUCAUCGACGAAGUCAUACUGGUGAAAAGAAACAUGUUUGUCCUGUUUGUCAAAAGGCCUUUAUGCGUAGUGAUCAUUUAUCGAAACAUCAAAAACUUCAUACAAAAGUCAAGAUUGUCUCUUGA